AGAAAGGCGGGUGAAGUAGAACAUGUUUUAGAAAGAAAAGCUGGGAUGGUUUUUUCCAUGAAUUUCAUUUUUCCACGAUUACUUCUGGCGAUUGAGUGCAAGCAGAAGGCUUUCGUAGCCCAUCCUAAUGUUCAACAGGUAAUUGAAAAUAAAUGGAUCGGAGAGUGGUACGGGUGGACGAAAAAAUCCCGAGCUGCAAAAAUAGCGACCGUUUUUUGGAGGAUACCCACCUUUUGGUUCAUGGCGCUCUGGGUUUGGGUCGCUCCAGGCUCAAAACGCGGCAGAAAGUGGCAGAUUCCUGUUCAUCGUUACAUUUCAAUUGUCGCGAGUUACUUGGUCUUCUUGACGAUUUGCUUCCUGCAGUCGAAUGUCAACAAAAAAAAUCAGCUGCGUGGCCCACCAAAUACUGGAUGCGAGGUGCCGCUAGUUAUUUAUGUGAUAUCGUUCAUAUGGGCUGCGAUACGUCUAUGUAUGAUUCAUGGUCCCAGCAGAUACUUUCGCUCCCGAUGGAAUUGGUACGAAGUUGUAAUGCUCAUAUUAUUUAUCAUGACAUUUAUCUUCUGGAUAGCUUCGGCUAUAGAUGUGAGACUUCACGACCAGAGAGAUCUCGAGCGUAAAUAUUGGCACAAAUAUGACCCGACACUAGUUGCCGAGGGUACGCUAUGUCUUGCUACAAUAAUGGCCUUUUUCAAACUUAUUUUCCUUUGCCAACUUGAUUAUAAUCUUGGACAACUUCAAGUAACGCUCGGGAAAAUGAUACAAGAUGCUACUAAAUUUUUACUCCUUUUUUGUAUUAUCAUAUUUGCUUUUGCUGCAGGUCUAGCCAGACUCUAUCAAUACUACGACGGAAUGGUCCAAGUAGACGACGAGUCAAAGAUAAAAAUCCAGCAAGUUUCUUCCUUCGUCGACUUCUUAUCAACCUUGAAAACACUUUUCUGGGCAAUUUUCUGUAUGAGCACCAUCGAGUCCGCGGAUGUUAUAAUUGAAAACAUUCCCGGCGAAAGUUUCGAGUGUAUUUCUGUGAUAGUUGUCCUCAACAUGUUGAUCGCUUGCAUGUCGAACACGUUCACGGCAGUCACCCGUAACGUCGACGUCGAGUGGACAUUUGCUCGCACAAAAGUUUACGUCAAUAUCAUGGCUCUGAACUCGUUACCACCCCCUUUCAAUCUUCUCCCGACUUGUAGCGAGUAUCGCACAAUCGUCGAGUUCGUAAAACUUUUAUUUCGUCCAACUAAAACCAAACGAGCUCGAUGGAACUUCAAACACGGCUGUUAUAUUGAAAAUACUGCAGAGAACAACAAUGAAAAAUUUGAAGAAAUAAUGGGACUGCUAGUGAUGCGCUACUUCCGUAAAAAACAUGUAGAAUCGGAAACGAACGAGAUCCGGGGGCUCAGAAAAGAUUUGAAUGAGUUGAGGUACCUGCUGAAAGACGCCCUAUCACCAGCUUGA